AUGUACAUCAAGUCAAUUUCUCUUGAAGGAUUUAAAUCCUAUGGUCAGAAGACGGAAGUUAAUGGCUUUGACCCAUUUUUCAAUGCCAUUACUGGUUUGAACGGUAGUGGCAAAUCCAAUAUCCUGGACUCGAUCUGUUUCCUGUUGGGAAUCACCAAUCUGUCACAGGUGCGAGCUUCCAAUAUGCAAGACCUAGUUUAUAAAAAUGGGCAAGCUGGAAUUACUAAAGCAACUGUGUCAGUGACCUUUGACAAUACUAACAAGAAGCAAAGUCCACUGGGAUUUGAAGGUAAUGAUGAGAUCAUCAUCACCAGACAGGUUUUAAUUGGAGGUAGAAAUAAGUAUCUUCUCAAUGGUGUGAAUGCUACCAACAGUCGCGUGUGCGAUCUGUUCUGUUCUGUUGGACUGAAUGUCAAUAACCCUCACUUCCUCAUUAUGCAGGGACGGAUUACCAAAGUUCUAAAUAUGAAGCCACCAGAGAUUUUAAGUAUGAUUGAAGAAGCAGCUGGUACUAGGAUGUAUGAAUGCAAGAAAUCGGCUGUCCAGAAGACCAUAGAGAAGAAGGAAAAGAAACUGGCAGACAUUGAAACGAUCUUAAAUGAGGAGAUCACUCCAACUUUGCAGAAGCUGAAAGAGGAACGAUCAUCUUACCUAGAAUACCAAAAACUAACACGAUCAAUAGAUCAUUUAAACCGCCUCUGUGUAGCUUAUAAUUUUUCUCUGGCUGAAGAGACAAAAUUAUCCUCUGCUGAAGCAAUGAAGGAAUCACAGGCUAAUGUGGAGAAGCUUCAGGAAUCCAUAGCUGAAAGUGAAAAGGUGGUGAGCCAACUUAAGAAAGAAAUAGUGGAGAUGGAAAAGAAAAAAGAUAAGGAAGCUGGUGGUGUGCUCCUUUCACUGGAAGAUGAGCUUUCAGAAAUGCAAAGAGUUAAUACUAGAGCACAAAGUGCCCUUGAUCUCAAGAAACAAAACCUAGAAAGUGAAAAGAAUAAGCACAAAGAACUGAUGAAAAGUAUGCAGGAGGAUUCUAAAGCAUUAGUGUCAAAGGAGAAAGAAGUAAAGAACAUGGAGAAAGAGCUAAUUGCUUUACAGGAAGCUAGUGAAAAAGAUGCAGGUGCUUUGGCUGCAGCACAACAGCAUUUUAAUGCUGUGUCUGCUGGCUUGUCCAGCAAUGACGAUGGAGAAGAAGCUACUCUCGCUGGGCAGAUGAUGACCUGCAAAAAUGAAAUCAGCAAAGCAGUCACAGAGGCUGAACAGACUCAGAUGAAGUUGAACUAUGCACAACAGGAAUUAAAGACAAAAGAAGAUGAAGUUAAAAAGGUGGACAAAAGCUACAAGAAGGACCAAGAAGCACUUGAAGCUGUCAGAAAAACAAAAGGAAUGUUAGAAAAUGAAAUAAGGAAGCUGAACUAUGAAGAAGAGAAAGAAGCAGCCCUUUUAGCGAAGAAGGCGGCAUUGACUCAUGACAUCAGCCGGCUGAGAGAACUGUAUGAAGGCAUGAUGUCAAAGUUUCCUCAUCUGCAUUUUGAAUACAAAAAUCCAGAACCCAACUGGAAUCCAAACCUUGUGAAAGGCCUUGUUCUGUCUCUAAUCAUUGUGAAGGAUAUAUCCAAAGCAAAAGCUCUAGAAGCAGUGGCUGGCGGGAAGCUGUAUAACAUAGUUGUGGACACAGAGGCUACUGGCAAAAAGCUUUUGGAGAAGGGUGGACUAAAGUGUCGCUACACUGUCAUUCCACUGAACAAAAUUUCAGCCCAGUGUAUUGGGCAAGACAAGGUCAAGUUGGGCCAGAGCUUGGCUGGUCCUGGUAACUUGGAUUUAGCCCUUUCUCUGAUUGAAUAUGAAUCUGAACUGCAGAAAGCAAUGGAAUAUGUCUUUGGAAGAACACUAGUCUGCAAUAGCAUGGAUAAUGCUAAGAAAGUGACCUUUGACAAGAGGAUAAUGAUAAAAACUGUUACAUUUGAUGGAGAUGUGUUUGACCCCCAGGGCACUCUGCAAGGAGGAGCGUACUCAAAGGUGGCACCAAUAUUGUCUAAGCUUCAAGAAAUGAAAAACAUCAAAGUAGAACUCCAGAUAAAGGAAUCUGAACUUGAGACUGUAGAGAAUGAGCUGGCAAGCUUGAAGAGUGUCGCUGAAAAGUAUCAGCAGCUGCAGCAGCAGUUGGAGAUGAAGUCUGAGGAAGCAGGGCUGUUGCAAAUGAAGCUUCAUCAAAGUGCUUAUCACAAACAAGAGGAAGAGCUGCUUGCCCUGAAGAAAACCAUUGCCGAGUGUAAGGAGACAUUAAACGAAACUGAAGAGAACCAAAAGAAAGCAGAAGAUAAGUACAAGUUAUUGGAGAAGAAAAUGAAAAAUGCAAAAGCAGAGUGUGAAAAAGACCUAAAAAAUGCCCAGAAGAAACUAGAUGAUGCCAAGAAAAAGGCAGAUGCUUCAAGCAAAAAUAUGAAAGAAAAGCAGCAGGAGGUUGAAGCUUUAGUUCUGGAACUUGAAGAGCUAAAACAAGAACAAGCCUCCUAUAAGCAGAAGAUAGAGGCUGCAGAAAAAGCAGUCCAAGCCUACCAGGAGCAAGUUGAUGCUAUGGAAGCCGAGGCGUCUAAGACCAAGGAAUCUCUAGAGAAAUCACAGGAGGAGCUGGCCAAGCGAAAGGAAGUAAUUCUGUUACAGGAUAAAGCAAUCAAAGCCAAAUCUACGGAGAUCGCAAAAUACAAAGAACAAAAUAAUGGAUUGCAGCUUAAGGUUAAAGCGUUAGAACAUGACAUCAGCAAAUAUCAACAAGAGGUGGCUGAUGCCUCUGCCAAGGUGAACAAAAUGCUGAAAGAGCAUGAGUGGAUAGCUUCAGAGAAAAAACUUUUUGGUCAGCCAAACACAGUCUAUGACUUCAAAACUAAAAAUCCUAAGGAAGUGGCACAGCAGCUGCAGAAAUUGCAGGAGUUAGAACAGAAGUUGGGAAAGAAAGUGAACAUGAGAGCUAUGACUAUGCUGUCUGAGACAGAGGAGAGGUACAACGACUUAAUGAGGAAAAAAAGAAUUGUAGAGAAUGACAAGGUAAAAAUUCUUGCAGCUAUUGAAGAGCUGGACCAGAAGAAAACUGAAGCUUUACAUGUCGCUUGGAAAAAGGUGAACGAAGACUUUGGUUCCAUUUUCUCGACCCUUCUACCAGGAGCCACAGCUAAGCUGGUAGCGUCGAAAUCCCAGAAUAUCUUGGAUGGCCUGGAGUUCAGAGUUGCCUUAGGAAAAAUCUGGAAGGAAAACUUAACAGAACUUAGUGGAGGACAACGGUCGUUGGUGGCCUUGUCCUUGAUCUUUGCAGUGCUUCUCUUCAAACCUGCCCCAAUUUACAUCUUGGAUGAAGUGGAUGCAGCCCUUGAUCUCUCUCAUACCCAGAAUAUUGGGCAGAUGCUCCGUAAUCACUUCAGGUGGUCCCAGUUUAUCGUGGUGUCCUUGAAGGAUGGAAUGUUCAACAACGCAAACGUCCUGUACAUGACCAAGUUUGUGGAUGGCAUAUCCACCGUCACCAGAUACGACCAGUUUCAGAGGAUGCUUGCCUCUGGCCUGGACAAGGCCAAGAGGGAGCAGAAGGAUGGCAAGGGGACCCAUAAGGUCACACGCCGUUCGUCACAGACCGCCUGUUCCCAGGCCCCAGGCAACUUGGCAUGUUCUGUCUCUAACGACGAGGCGAGUGCCAAGUGGCACUCAGGGAGCGGCUCCUCCCUGCUCCUGCGGAAGCUGUGGAACACCCCUUCGGUGCGCGCCGGGACAGGGCAGACGCUGCCGGACAUCGCCAGUCUCAAAGGGGGGAAUUGGUACAGGGCAUGCUGGCCCAAGAAGCGAGCCGACGUUAGUAUAGCGUGCCGCGUACUUCAUUAG